GCUACUAAUUUUCAAAGAACUUCCAAUGGAAGCUCUUUCUAGCCAAUGUUCUAUAAAACGGCCUUUACCCAUAAUUGUCACAAACCAAGCAAGCAAAAGCAAUAACAAACAACACUUGUACCACCUAUUUCUCUUCUAGUCUUUUGUGUCCACCAAAUAGUUAUGAGCAUGUUUUCUGUAUCAAGCAUGCCUUCAACAACAGCAGUUCUGUCGACGUACACCACUUUUGCUGCAUCAGCAAUGCUGGUUAGGUCGGUGUUAAAUGAAGUCCAGAACAUGACCAACCAGCUUAUACCUCAACAACUCCGAGAGAAGCUCUUGUCUAAACUCGGAGGGCUAAUGGGGAACCUUUCGUCUCAAAUGACUCUCAUCAUUGAUGAAUAUGAUGGGCUCUCCCUCAAUCAAGUCUUCGAGGCUUCACAAAUCUACUUGCGCACAAGGAUUAGUCCUUCAGUUCAGCGGCUCAAGGUAUCCAAGGCACCACAAGAGGAAGAACUCUCGGUCACCAUCAACAGAGGGGAAAAGAUCGUUGAUACAUAUGAAGGAAUCCCAUUUGUUUGGGAAAUGAUUUGUACCGAGUCUCAAAGGACAAGCUUCAACUAUGAAAGCAGCUUUUCUAUUGAAAAGGUUGAGCAUCGAUCAUUCGAACUCAGUUUCGAUAAGAAGCACAAAGUGAAGGUAUUGCGCUCUUACUUGCCAUAUGUACUAGAGAGGUCAAAAGCCAUAAGAGAAGAAACCAAGGUAGUGAAACUCUGCUCCCUUGGAAACUACUGUGGGGCAGGAUCAGUUAAUCUUGACCAUCCAUCCACAUUUGACACAUUGGCAAUGGAUCCAACACUGAAGAAGGAAUUAAUUGAUGACUUGGACAGAUUUGUGAGCAGAAGAAAGUUCUACAGGAGAGUUGGGAAGGCAUGGAAACGCGGGUAUUUGUUGUACGGACCCCCUGGCACAGGUAAGUCGAGUCUGGUUGCUGCCAUGGCGAACUAUCUGAAAUUCGACAUUUAUGACUUGGAGCUCACAAGUCUUCAAAGCAAUGCACAGCUUAAAAGCCUAUUGCACUCUACUACGAAUAGAUCGAUCCUUGUGAUUGAGGAUAUUGAUUGCAGUGUUGACUUGCAGAACCGACAAGAUGGAGGUUACAACCAAAGUGAAAGUCAGUUGACACUAUCCGGGCUGCUUAAUUUUAUUGAUGGGCUAUGGUCAAGCUGUGGCGACGAGAGGAUUAUUGUGUUUACUACCAAUCACAAAGACAGGCUUGACCCUGCAUUGCUUAGACCAGGUCGCAUGGACAUGCACAUCAACAUGUCCUACUGCACUUUUUGUGGGUUCAAGAUUCUUGCUUCUAACUACCUUGGUAUAACCAACCACUACAUGUUUUCCGAAAUUGAAAAGCUCGUGACUGAGGUGGAGGUCACCCCGGCACAGGUUGCAGAAGAACUCAUGAAAAAUGAUGAAGCAGACAUUGCACUAGGAGGAUUAACAGAAUUCCUUAAAAGGAAAAGGACAGAAUGCGAUCAACCAAAUGCAGGAGAAAAAGGAACCCAUGAAGAAGGAAAAGGAAGUGAAGAAAACAAGAAAAGUGGUGAGAAGAAAGUGAGGAACAACAAGAGAAAGGCUAAAAGAGAAAAAAGGAAAUCCCCAAGGUUCUAGGGCUUUGAUCAUUGCAUCCAAUAAUUCGACACUUCAAUAAGUAAUAAAAAUACUUCCACCAUGUCUAUUGAACAAUUUGUAAUAGGAGACUCAGCAUCUCUGAUUGCCUAUAUAUGGUUGAUAGGAUAAUUAAUAAAGGAAUAAUGAUUUUCUCGAAAUAAAAAUUGAAGGUUGAGAGUUGAAGUCCCUAUGAGAGUAAGUUUCAAAUUCAACAACCACCACCAAGCCUUUUUUCCCAAUUACUUAGGUUGGCUACAUGAAUCAUAUGUUUUAAUUCCGCUCUAAGGGCAUAGCCUCAGUCAAAUAACAUGCUAUCAUAUCCCCUUUCUAAGCGACUCUACCCGAGUUAAUUUCGCUUUUCCACUAAUAUUACCCUCCAUGUGGAUUAU